AUGGGACAAGGAGCUUCCUCUCUUGCAAGAAACCCAAAAAGACAGCCGCACGAGGUGCUAGGCGUAUCUGAAACAGCUACAGAAGACGAAAUAAAAAAGGCAUAUAGGAGGAUGGCCAUGCAGUACCAUCCGGACGCAGCCCGAUCCCGCGGCGAGGCGUACUCCGACGACGCUUUCAUAGAAAUAAAGGAGGCGUACGAGUUUCUUUUGCGCCCUCCUGCGGCAGCCAAAAAGGUGAGCCCGCGAAAGCAGGAGCCAGAGCUGGACAUAGACGACUUUUUGGCGAGAGCAAAGGCGCUAAACAAAGUAGAAGAGAGCAACUACUCCACCAUUAACAACCUGUUUGCAGAAAUAAUCCGGAUCGAAAACAUCACACGAGGGGGGCUUUUCAAAGCGCCCACUUUUGGAUACUCAAAGGGAAACCCAAAGUCUUUCUACGAGUUCUAUGCGAUGUUUUCGUCUUUGCGGCAUUUUAACCUCAUGUGCGAAGACAUUGACAGAAACUACGAAAACUACCCCAGAGCCCUAAAACGAGAGGUUGAGCAGGACCUAAAAAAGGUUCUAGACGCGAAGCGGGCUGAGUAUUCGUCGAAGAUCAAAGAGCUCGCGAAGGUUCUGCAAAAGAAAGAUCAGCGGAUGAAGGUUGUCCCCAAAAAGAUAGACUUGAACAUUGUAAAGCCCAAAGUGAGCAAAAACGGCGUUAUAAUAACGGACAGCCACAGCCUGACAGAAGAGGAAAAGAAGGCAAUGGAGGCAGAGUACAAAAAGCACGAGGAGGAGAAGCAGAAGAAAAAGGACGAGAAGCGGAAGGAAAAGGAGAAAGACGAAAACGUUUUCAUAUGCAAGCCGUGCAACAAAGUGUUUAAAAGCCUAAACCAGCUGGGAAACCAUUCAAAGUCCAAAAAGCACAGAGAAAAGAUAGAAGAGAUGUCUCCCGAGGAGCUCCAAAGCCUGAUUCGCCAGGUAGAGCAAUGCGCCCUAGAAGAGCUCCCCAGCGAGAGCUCAGCUCCUGAGAAGAAAGCCCCUCUGCCCAGUGAGAUAGAAAGUGUGCCUGAGCAUGCAGUAGAAAGAAAUAACGAGCCCCCCAGAACAGCUCCUGCCAAAGAAGUAGAGGCCGCGCCUGGGAAGCAAGAAAAACACACAGCUGCCAAAAAACACGGAAAGAAGGAGCCCCCUCAAAAAGCGCUGCGAAAGCCCCGGGCCUUAAACAGGGAGCCUGACUUAAGAGCGGGAACCAUGUUCACUACGUCAUGUGCCAAGUGCAAAAGCGUCUUUUCCAACAGAAACGAGCUGAUUCUGCAUCUCAAAGAAACAGGACACAAUUCAACAAUAAUUUAA